AAAGAAUUGAGCGGGGUUGGGAGAGAAACCAUCAAAAAACUGAAAGGCACGCCGUUCUUCUCACCUACAACCGCCGCCGCUUUUUCGCCGCAAUCAACAUCAAGAUCGGCCUCGUUUUCUUGAUCUCCUCUACCAUAGCUAUCUUUCUAUUGCAACAAAAUCAAUUUCAUACUUUCCUUCUCCUCUGAAAAUACAUGCUGCUUAUUCUUUAUUUUUGGGUGAAAUCAUUUCUGAUUUGAAGGGAAAAAGCUUUUUCGUUGAUCUAAACGUUCCUUUGGAUGAUAACUCGAACAUCACUGAUGAUACCAUAAUCCGUGCUGUUGUUCCUACUAUCAAGUACUUGACUGGUUAUGCUGCCAAAGUCAUCCUUUCAAGCAUCUAUCUGGCUCCAUUGGUAGUGAAUGCUCUUCUUAAAUCCUAUUGCUCCUUCCUUCCUUUGCAGAUUCUAAAUGAUAACUAGGCGAUUUAUUCAACUCUGCAUCUAUUUGUUAGUCAGGAGUUCAUUUAUAUGGUCAACUGGAAAUUGUUCGAUCGGUGAUUCAGCAUCAAGUCAGGUGGUUGAUUCCCCAAAUCCAAGCUCUAUUAGUAGAAAUGAUAAAGCUUUUUCUCCUACGAAGCAAUAUCUGAUGCAGUCUUAUUAUGACAGAUAUACAAGCUUACAUGAUUCAGAUUUUGAAAAUUUCAUUUCUCAAGAAGUCACUUCUAGUCUGUGUGAAGUGCUUCCAGAAAACCAUAAUUCGGUGUUAAGAUUGUCAGUUCUAAGACGUGAUCUUGUUGGUGAAGGUUCUCAUCGCCGUGUCUCUACACUAAUAAAAUUACAAACCCAACAGUUGAAGUCUUUGUCUGAACUUUUAAGCUACUCAUGUGAAUUCAUAGUUAUUGAAAGAUUGCCUUCUGGAGUUUUUGCUGAUCCAUUUGAAUUACAACAUCUUGCUCAACGUGGUGUGUUCAAUGAUAUAGCUGUGUUUGGCGAUACAAAUCUGGAGCUGCCUUCGUUCUUGUCAAAUCGUUCUGCUGUUGAAAUCCACUUAGAUGUUGAUCCAACUACAUUGCUACAGCCAACUGAUUUCAGCAUAGAGUUUCCUUUGCAUGCACGAUAUCAACCUCUGAAUGAAAGUGGUUACUCAAUAGUUGAAUUUGGUGCACCGGAUAUGUUAUUGCGCUGCAGCACAAAGGAAAAGGCGCAAAACAGCAAUUGCUUGUUCAAAUUGAAAAAUGAUGAUGGCAAUCUGUAUAAUGUUGGUCUUGUUUGGAGAAUUCCAUCCGGAAAAAAGGCACAUUCUGAUCUUGUCUCUACCGUUACGUUUCUUAUAGCUUUCUUAUCAGCUCUUGUAAUUUUGGUAACAUCAUUGCAUUAUUUUAAUAGCAGAGUGAGGAAAGAUUUGAAACAAUCGUAAAAGAGUUUUAUUAGUGCAGCUUUUGCUUCAGUGGUUCUACACAUUCAGUAUUUGUUGUAUUUAAGUAUAUUUUCUCAUCAGUCAAGAAAAAGAAUUUGCUUGGAUUUUUCACCGCAUAA